CAGAAACUCAUCCCCAUGGGUGGCAAAGACAAAGAGGCUGGAUGCAAAGGAGGAAGCAUGGUAAAGGCAGCAUCUUUCCAGGAUUCAUGGGCUCUUUGAGAGAUGAUCAGAGGGAGGCCAGAUGACCUGCACAACACACACACCACUGUUUCUCGUCUGCAAAGGCGGCAUCGGAGCGUUCUCCCCAGCCCCGCGCCACCCGGCUUGCCCGAUCGUUUCCGGAUGUUUCGCAGCUGCGAGUGGGAAGUCCUGGAGCGAUCCCUCAAUAUCCUCCAGGCCAGUGACUUCUACUGGGGCCCCUUGUCUGUGGGGGAGGCUCACGCCAAGCUCCAGCGAGAGCCUGUAGGCACCUACUUGGUGCGGGACAGCUCGCAGGGGAACUGCUUGUUCAGCCUGAGCGUGCGGAUGCCCACGGGGCCCGUCAGCCUUCGAAUCUCUUUCCAGGAGGGCUAUUUCCGCCUCAAGAACUGGUUUUCAGACUGUGUGGUCCGGCUGCUGGAGCUGGUGGUGGCAGGGACCCGGAACAACCCCUUGCACUUUGAUGAGAUGGGUGGAACUCCCCUGAUCUUCUCUGAGCCCUUGUGCCGGAGCCGCCGGGCAGUGCCCACGCUGCGGGAAUUGUGCUGCCGGAGCCUCCCUGCCAGUGCCACGACAGAAGACAGAGCAAGGCUGGAGGGCUCCUUGGGAAUGUGUCUGAGGGAAGAGGUGUUCUCGCCCCUGGAUGAAAGGGGAGGGUCAGAGGGGAGCAUUGGCCCCAGCCCCUCUCUGUCCUGGGCUAGGAGAUGAUGCCAUGCAUAUGGGAGAUGAAAGGAGAUUCCUCUUUUAUGUCUGUGCUGGUGGGGUGUGUGCCACACCAGUGAUGCUGAACUGGCUGCUGGGAGAGGAAGGGGGAGGGCAGAGGGAGCAGAGCUUGAAUCCAGUGGCUGUGACAGAUGUGUCCUCAUACAUACACAGUGAGUGUUACUUUCCCAGACAUGCCUGGGAUAAAGCCAGACCUAAAGAGCAAGCAUUGCCACUGCUGCCAAGUCCUGCUCUUUGCUCCAUUUAUAACUUAAAAGCUUCAGAAAAAGGUGAGCUGCCCAUCCUCCCAGGUCAACC